AUGGGAUAAGGUUGUUGUUAAAAGUCAAUAACAGAACCCUAUUUAAUUUAACCUCCAGAAUUAAUGUAUCCUUUAACAUUUAAACAUGUACAUUAAAUUAAAAAGUAUAGUCGAAAACAAUCCUGAUUGCUCCUGAAGAUACUUAACCAUAAAAUAUUGCAAAUAUCAUAUUUUUAGAACCUUCAGCAUAUAAAGAUGAUACAGAAGUCAUUUUUUCAAAGGAUGCAAUUCUUUGUAAAAUAAAACCUCAAAUUGAAAAUGAAUUCGUUCGACAUACUAUAUCUAAAUUUGGUAAAUAUAGAUCACCACAAUAUCCUAAUAAUGAAAAAAUCACAACUUAUCCACCAUAUGUACUUUACUUAACUUAUUUAGUAAUUUAAUGAAACUAAUAUAAUUUAUGUUGGAGGAUGGAAAACAGGAUAAAGAAGUGGUUAUGGAAUAUAAUAUUGGCCAUCAGGUAGUUUAUAUGAAGGUGAAUGGAAAAAUGAUAAAGCAAAUGGACAUGGAAGAAUGAUACAUCAAAAUGGAGAUAUGUAUGAAGGGUUCUGGUAAUAAGAUUAGGCAGAAGGGUAAGGAAUAUUUUAUCAUAAUGAUGGAGCAUAUUAUUAAGGGGAAUGGAAACAAGAUUUAUAGAAUGGAAAAGGCAAAGAAGUUUGGCCGGAUGGAGCAUGGUAUGAAGGGGAAUUUACUAAAGGUAAAAAAGAAGGAAGAGGGAAAUACAUUUUUACUGAUGGAUCUUAUUAUGAAGGAGAAUUUGUAGACAAUUAAAUUUAAGGUGAAGGUUUAUAUGUGUGGGUUGAUGGUCGUAAAUAUAAAGGGAGUUGGUUAUAAGGGAAAAUGAAUGGAAAAGGAGAAUUUAUUUGGCCAGAUGGCAAAAGAUAUGUAGGUAGGACUAACAUUUAGUAUUAGGAAAAUAUAAAAAUGGAAGAAAAGAUAGUUAUGGUGAAAUGUAAUUUUAGGAUGGGUCAUAUUAUAAAGGAUAUUGGAAAGAAGGAAAUAUGCAUGGGGCUGGUACAUUAAAAUAGUAGGAUCAAGAGAAAAUAGGUGAAUGGUUUGAUGGUAAAUUUUAAAGAGAUUGA